CCCUGUUUGUGCUUUUGGUGUCGCACUUAACUGCUGUGUUCUCUGCACUGUAGUGUAGACGUUCUGGACUUUGUAUUUCACAUUUGGGUCUAGUAUCAACUCUGAGUUAAUUUUGUGAAAUUUUCUGAGUCUUUGUCCAAAGUAUUUCUUAAGAAUGGUGUCCCAGAAACAGUUCUAGAAAAGACUGCUGAGUGGAUUUCCUUUGCUACUUUUAUCAAAGGUCUGCCAGGGAAGUUCAGGAAUGAUUAACUGAGUCAAGAAGACCCUAUUGUAUAGUAGGUAGUCCAAAGAAGAAGCAGUGUUGCUUUCCUGCCUGCCUUCUCUUGCUGGUGAGUGCAUCUGUCCCACUGCCACCGCUGCCGCCACCACCAUCCUUCACUGACAUUGGAACCCUGCUUCUUGGGGACUGAAGACCAGAAGCUUUCCAGAUGUGCUCUGGGCCUUUGGCACCAGAUUGAGGCUCCUGAGGCUUCUAGUCUUCUUGGAUGGAGCCUCUGCAUCAUGGAGACAGCCAUUGUUGGACUAUCCAGGCCAGAUCAGGAUCUGGUGAGCUUUGAGGAUCUGGCUGUGAACUUCACCCAGGAAGAGUGGGAUUUGCUGGAUUCUUCUCAGAAGAUUCUCUAUGGGGAUGUGAUGCUGGAAACCUUCAGGAACUUCACUGCUAUAGGGUACGAAUGGGAAGACCAGACAAUUGAAGAACAUUAUGAAGAACCUGAAAUAAAUCUAAGGCACAUCGUCUCUCACUCUGAGUGUACACAGUAUGAACGUGAGGAAUAUGAACAGAAGCCACAGGAUUCUAAUUUUCUUACAAGGGUUGAAGGAUACACAGAAACUCAGACUGUGACUGGACCUUCUGAGUGUGAGGUAUGUCUAAAAUCCUAUGGACUAUAUCACCUGACUUACAAUGGACAUCACAACUAUGAAUACAAGGAAGUUGGAGGAACCACAGCUGUACGAAAAUGUUAUGAAUGUAACCAGUGUGGUAAAACUUUGAGUUCUUUCAAUUCUCUUCAAAGACAUCAGAAAAUUCAUAUUGAAGAAAGACCAUAUAAGUGUCAGCAGUGUAGUAAGGCCUUUAGAUGUCUCAAUGCCCUUCAGUCACAUGAAAGAAUUCAUACUGGAGAAAAACCUUAUGAAUGUAAACAUUGUGGCACAGCUUUUAGCAGACUUACUCACCUUCGAUUACAUGAAAAAGUUCAUACUGGAGAAAAACACUAUGAAUGUAAGCAAUGUGAUAUAGUUUUCAAAUCUCAGAGUUCCUAUCAUAGACAUAAGAUAAUGCAUGGAGAAACAUUCUAUAAUUGUAAGCAGUGUGGUAAGUCUUUCAUUUACCCCUCUUUACUUCAAAUGCAUGAAAGAACUCAUACAGGUGAAAAGCCCUAUGAAUGUAAACUCUGUGGGAAAGCUUUUAGAUAUCAUUCUUCCAUACGAUUACAUGAAAGAACUCAUACGGGAGAAAAACCUUAUGAAUGUAAACAUUGUGGUAAAGCCUUUACACGUCAGAGUUAUCUUCAAUUUCAUGAAAGAAGCCACACUGGAGAGAAACCCUAUGAAUGUAAAGAAUGUGGUAAAGCCUUUAGGCAUCACUCUUACCUUCGAUUACAUGAAAGAAGACAUACAGGAGAGAAACCGUAUCAGUGUGUUCAGUGUGGUAGAUCCUUUAGUCGGCAGAGUUCCUUUAAGAGACAUCAGUCCGUUCAUGCUGUGGAAAACCCUUAUAAAUGUCAACAAUAUCUAAUUCCUUUAUCCCUGCUUCCUUCAAAUGCAUGAAAGAACUUACACCAGCACCAAACUUAUGCAUGCGAACUGUGUGAGAAAAUGCUUAUCUUAAUUCACAAAAAAACACAUGUAAGAACUCAAAAUAGUGAUGAGUCUUCAAACAAUGUAGUAUAACCUUCAGGGUUAUAGGGACUAUAGAACCCCACAACCUGGAAGCAGUUGCCAAAGAUAUCUCCUGCCCUUCAGCCUCCCAUAAAAGUUUGUGGAGAUCAUGUAUCUCAGGGAAAAGUAAAGCAAGGAGAAGGCCAGAAAAGAAUGACUGUGAGCUACAGUGAAAGGCUAGCACUUGGACUUUGGGAACCAUUUUGAAGUUAUAGAACUCUUCCAGCAAAUGUAAGAAAUCAUUCCCUAUAAUCACUAGAAGAUAGGUCUGCCUUCUUUCAUUUUUAAUGAAAACUCAUGUGUUCAGUUACUGAGACACACUCUUGAGUCCACUCCUAUUCUGUGGAAUGUAUUCUAUGCUGUUAUUCUCAAGUUCAAUAAAUCUGUAUACUCUCAGUAUAA